AUGGUGGGAACCUUGAAAGUGGCUGUUCUUGGAGCCCCAAAGGUGGGGAAAACCGCCAUCAGCCGCCAGUUCCUGUACAACGACUUCACAGAGACAUACAGCCCCACUGGGUCCCGUGACAUCUACAGACCGUCGGUCAUCUACAGCGGGAACAUGUACGACAUGAGGAUCAGGGACGGCUCUGCUGCCCCCCCGAGCAGCCUGCAUUCUCUCUCCCAGGAGUGGUCAGACCUGAAGUGCCGUGGGCUGAGGAACACCAAUGCCUAUGUGCUGGUUUAUGACAUCUGCAACCCCGAGAGCUUUGAGUACAUGAAGAUGAUCCAGCAGCAGAUUCUGGAGAACAGGACAGGUGGCAUCAAUGAGGCCCCCAUCAUCGUGGUGGGGAACAAGCGGGACCAGCAGAAGCAGCGCUUCACGCCGCGUCGGCCGCUCUCAGCGCUGGUGAAGACGAGCUGGAAGUGUGGCUACGUGGAGUGCUCUGCCAAGUACACCUGGCACAUUGUCCUGCUCUUCAAGGAGCUGCUGAGCAGUGCGCUGGCCCAGGGCUGCAAACACCGCCAUUCCAGUGUGCGCCUCCAGGGGGCGCUGCACACAACCAGAUGCAGCCUCAUGUGA